UCAUGGAACUGGUCCAAAGCGAUCCGACUUCUCGAUUCCACUCCUUGCUAAGCAGUGCUCGAUUCUCGACAUAUGGUUUUGUCCUCACGAUCUUCAAUUGGAGCUUUGGAGCAGACAUCAGUUUUAAAGCAGUUACUUGAAUUAGAUGAACUCCUGACUCUCUACAAUAGAGAAACAGAACUUAAAAUCUGGAUUCUAGUGGUAGUUUUGACUUGCUUAAUGGAUCAGCGUACAAGGAAAAAGAGAAUGUAAAAAUCUGGCAGCCAAAUCAAUGUUUCUGAUUUACAUGAUCAUUUUAUCUGAAAGUUCUGUUCGGUUAGGGGGACUCUGUCGAUUAUAGGAAGAGGGACAGCUUAUGCAUUCCAACGACAGCUUAAAAAAUGCUAUAGCUGAUUUUACUAAGCUAUUUGUAUUUGACAAGAAUUGUUACCACAGUGGGACAGGUCACAGGCUCGUGCUGCUCUUGGGGAAUUUACUGAGCUUUCCAAGUCUUCUCUGCUUCUGUUCUCUAAUCACAGCUAAAAGCGUAAACAAAUGUAUUUUAUGGGACUCUGUUCGUCCCUGCAUAUUUAUUAAUUGAUGAAGAAUAUUUUCUGAUAAGUAUCCGGCGGUUGAAGAUUUGACUCAAGCACUGGUUUUGGAGCCAAAGUCACCUGAUAUAUUGCAUGAAAGGGAAAGAGAUUGCCUUGUACACAGCUUCCAAAGCUAAUAGUGAGUUUUUCUGCUUUGAUAUUGAUGGGACCUGGAUCCAAUGUUCAAGGGGAAGACUUGGGUAUGAUUUUGCAAUUAGAACUUCAUGUACACCUGCAAGGUGGAGUGAUUUUAAUGAAGAAAUGACUUCAGCUUGGGAGGCUUUUGGCAAUGCCUAUUUUGGAGAGAACUACGGUUCUACUGACCUCGACGCUUUAGAAACAGUUAGAGACGUUAUCUUACGCUUGACAUAUCACUGGUACAGUUUUAUGUUGUUAGCUCGAGGGACUGCAGUAACGGAUUUGUAGUGUUACUAGGACUUCUGCUAGCUGCUAACAAGGAGUUCACUGAGAGUAUCCCAAAAGGGUUAGAUUUGGAAGCUAUACGUAAUGUUGAACCGGUUUCCUUUGUUGUUUCGAUCGGUUAAGUCUUGGUUAUACCCUUCCCUGAAAAUCAACGCGUCAUGGAGAGAUCACCCGGAAGUUUCCUCGGCUUUUUCAACAACCGGAUCGGUUGUGGCCGCGCUUAGCACUUACAAUGAUUGAGUUACAAAAUUUGUCAACCAAUCUGUCAUAAGAGUUGAAGAAAAGCUAACCGACAAACAUACAAUCCAUCACCCCGAGGUUUCCUGCUUGUGAUGUUUAUGUAUUUGAAAACAAAAGCAUACGUACAAAAACUUUGAUAGGGUUUUUAUAUGAGUUUUUUAUAUUCUGAAAUUAUAUUUAUCGAAGUCUUAAAAGUCUACGAACGACCACUCGUUUGGGUU